CUAAACUUUCUAUUCUUGCUUUUAUAAAACUACAAAUAUAUAUCUAUUUCAUUUUAAGUAUAAGUGUAUACUAGUUUAGCUACAAUAGAUCAAAUUUUUUCCUUAUUCGAGAUCUCGGAUCGAUUUCUAGCAUCGUGGACACAAGAUUUUAAGUGUAGAAAGCGUAAAAUUAAAAGUGCUGUUUCGAAAAGCAGACAAUUUUUUUCCUAAAAUAACCAUGCGUUUUCUAACCUAAAAAUUUACACGUUUCAUGCCGCUUACACGUGUUGUGUUUAUGCUAUAACUGUUAUUAAUACUGGUAAAUCGGAAUAAUGUUAAAUCUUUUGAACAGAUUUAAACAGUUUUUCUACAAAUUAGCAUUGCAUGAAAGCUUUAGUAAAACUGUCUAUUGGUGCCAAACUAAAGUUUUAAUACUUAAUUAAUUUGAAUGGAGAUACAUUAUGUCAUCCAAGAACUUUCAAACAAAUAAAAACCAUAUUUAUUUAUUAAAUAAUGUAAAUUGUCUUAUUAUAAUUUAUUAAAGAAAUAAAUUAUGGGACUUACCUCAAAACAAUUACAACGAUUAGAAAAGAAGAAAGCAAAAAUGGCAGCACUUUUAGAAAUCACUAGACUCAAUGACAGAGAUAAAGAAGCAAAAUUACAAGUUUUGAAACAGACAAUAGUCGGCACUGAUGAAUUCAAUAAUCCAAACAUCAACAUUAAUAUACCAGAAGACAAUUCUAAUCGUAAACGAUCUUGUGAAAAAGGUUUAGAUGAUAUAUGUUCUGAACCUAAGAAAGGAGAUAAAAUUCCCAUUGAAUCAGAAUUACAGGAUAAUAGUAAAAAACCUAGUACAAUAGAAGGCAAUCAUUUGGUUUUAGGAUAUGGUUCUUUAGAAACAGCUCUGCAAAUGAAUGGAAAUGUCAUAAGAUUACUAAGAAGCGUUUUUCCGAUGCAUUCAAGUAGCGAUGUGAAAUGUACAAAAGACUCCACCUUGCCAACUACUGAUAAAUUUUGUAGAACGAAGCUUCUCUUAUCGUUGUGGCAAAUGGUGGAAGAAAACUAUCCUGUACCUCUAAAAGGAACAUUAGCAGACAGAUACAAUUCGUACAUAUUAACAAAAGAUGUUUAUGAGGAAGCCACAUCAACAUCGCCAAUGUUUAGCUUAGAUUGCGAGAUGUGCCUGACCACAACUGGCAAUCUAGAACUUACCAGAAUAAGUAUCGUAGAUGAGAGUAUGAAUGUUAUUUACGAUAGUCUAGUGAAACCGAAGAAUACAAUAACGAAUUAUUUGACUCAGUACAGCGGUAUUACUGAGGCCAUGUUACAUGACGUUACGGUUACAUUGCAUGAUGUUCAGCAGACGUUAAGGACAUUACUCCCUCCAGACGCAAUUCUCGUAGGACAAAGUUUGAAUUCUGAUUUACAUACGUUAAAAAUGAUGCAUCCUUACAUCAUUGAUACUUCUGUGAUAUUCAAUCUUACUGGGGACAGGUAUAGGAAAACGAAAUUGCAGAUUUUGGCGCGUGAGUUCCUUGGGGAAAGUAUUCAAAACGAUAAAAAUGGACAUUGUUCGACAGAGGACUCGAAAGCUUCUAUGAAAUUGGUAAAGUUAAAAUUGGCGAAUAGCGUGGAUUAUGGGGAUGCCGUGUUGCUUGGUGAUCGCAGCAUAAAAGUUUUGAAAAUGGAAAUGACCAGAGAUAAGACGAAGCAGGCAUCGAAGAAAACAGAAAUAAAAAAAUAUGCUACAUCGAUAUUUAAUCAUAUAACGAAAAAUAAGGGCACCGCCGCCAUCAUAGGUAGUAAUGAAGUAAUGUCCGAAUAUUCCAAGUAUCUAACAAAUUCAUCUCUUAAUAUCAUGGAUGAUGAAAAUUUCGCAAAAGAUGAUCAAGUACGUCUCGUGAUAGCUAAUGAUGAUGUACACGCUGUAGAUCGAACCGCCGAAAUAGUGAUGGAGCAUGCCUUUGUAUUAUGCCACGUAAAAGUUAAAGAGGAGCAAUUAAAAGAUGAACAUAUAGAAGAAACAUUUCACACUGUGAACAAGUGGAUUCAUAAAGUUUGGCAAUACAGUGCGAUAAAUAGUCUUGCGUGCGUGAUAUUUGGUGGACAAAAUAAUAGCGCAAAUGGUACUUGUUUCUUAAAUAUCAAAACAGAGAUAUCGCCGAACAUCGUAAUACGAGCUUAAAAAUGCUAAUCAUUGAACCAUCAUAAAUUAUGUAAAAAAAGUAAUAUG